UCACGUAAUGACGUAAUGCUUUGCACCGCAUCACAAUAGUACAAACUUGACUUCGUCAACUUUGCACUAAAAAUGAAAAUGAAAUUCUGUUUUCCGAUUUCGUAGAAAAACGGUUAUAUAUACACGCAUUCUGAGCAUCAUCGGAUGCACAAUUUAGUAGAUAACCCACGUGACCUGCAAAAUAGCCUGCAUGGUAGGCGGUACUUAGGAAAUACUGCCUGCCGCAAAACUGGGUGUAAAUGAACUACCGCCUCUAAAGCAUCAAAGCUAUUUAUAGAUGCAUUAAUUAAGUAAAUAUUCAAAAUUAGCCACUCCCAAGUUGCUCCCAAGUCGGCAUAUUGUAAACACUGGACUGGACUUUGGACUGGACUUUGGACUUUGGACUAUGGACUUUGGACUUUGGACUUUGGACUUUCGAUUUUGAAAUUAUAUUUUUUUUAGAUUUUCGUAUAAUUAUAUUAAAAUCUAAACAGAGAACGAAAAUUUGCUGCUGAAAAGCGUGCUACACUGCAUGCACAUGCAUGAUAUAAUAUACAAGGUAAAAAAUCUCUAGUAUCAGUUAUAUAGGUAUACCAGCAGUGCAAUUUCAUACGGAUAUAGCCUGUAGGAUAGCAGGAUUAUCCAAUAUUUUGGGAUUUAAUAUUUAAUUUUUAUAUAAUAUUUGUAUUUAUAGUAUGCAUAGUACAGUUUAUACUGCAGAACUUCUUCUUUAUUAUAUAGAUAAUAGAUUAAUUGUCCGGCAGAAACAAAUGUGACAAAAGUGUCUCGGCAAAUACAAAAUAUUAACUAUACAAGUGAUUAUUAUUGCGCCUAUUGAGCAUUGAGUAUAGUGACUGUUCAUCGUUGCAUAAUAGUUUAUACUAGUACUGAAUUGUGUAAUUGUUUACUCCGUUACACAGUAACGUUUUGUUAAUGUUACUUAUUUUUGAAAGACAUUCUAGUUAGCUAUCCUUAUCACUAAGACUAAGUGCUUCAGUUAUUAUUAAUAAUUAAGUGUUAGUAGAUGGACAGGAAUAUUCGAACGGAAAUUUACACACUUUUUAAGACCUACUCAGUUGUGUGUGAGAAGGCAAAAAUCUAUGUCUAUGUGCUUCAGGUAGUCUAGCAACUAUUUGCCACGUUUACUGUAAUACUACCACUUGCAAGUGAUGAACCAGGCGGGAAUCGUAAUCGUAGUAGGCCUAUAAAGAUUAAUGCUCAGCCGCAUAACGUACGCAAAAGAGCCAUAUAUAUAGACAAUAAUAUAGACAUAAAAUAUAUACAUAAAGUAACACUAUAUAGCCUAGUAGAUUAUCAUAAAGUAAUCAGUACUACCAAUUAAUAAUGCAUGUAUCAUACAUUCGUAUUUUAUAAAGUAUGAUGACUAUGAGAGUUUUCGUGUUCAGUAUGGCUGAAACAUUUAUGAAAAGCUAAAACUGACACAGACAAAAUACAUUGUAAACACAGCCUAUUUAGGUAGGCGCUAAACCGGUGUAAACUAUUAUGCAAAGAUGAACAAUACCGUCAUUAGUACUAUUAGUAUUUUUGCGCAAGUGAAUAUAUAUAUAACAAAUCCUACAAGUUGUCAAGUUGAUUGGACAAAUUUGACAAAUUCCCUAGCCUCCUUUGCAGACAUCAGAAAGAACGUACACAACUGGCGGCUGCGAGGCAGACCAGAAAUUCCCCGAUAAUCACGGCCUCGCCUUGGCGAAUAAUUGUUCAAAGCCAAAGGCGCAAUAAUAAUCGCGUGUAGUUUAUACUUAUACGUGCUAGUUUCUCAAUAUUUUGUAUUUGCCCAGCUACUUUUGUCACAAUUGUUUCUAUAAAUCUAUUAUUAGAUAAAUCUAUUAUUAGAUAAAUCCAUACGAUAAAGAAGAAGUUCUGCAGUAUAAACUGUACUAUACAUACUAUAAAUACAAAUAUUAUAAUAAAAUUUAAAUAUUAAAUUAAAAAUAUUACUGAGAUGAUCCUGUUAUCCCACAGGCUAUAUCUAUGAAAUUGCACUGGUAUACCUAUAUAACUGAUAAUAUUUUUUACCUUGAAUAUUAUAUCAUGCACAAAUAUAAUUAUACGAAAAUCUUAAAAAUAUAAUUUCAAAAUCGAAAGUCCAAAGUCCAAAGUCCAUAGUCCAAAGUCCAGUCCAGUGUUUACAAUAUGCCCUACUGUACUUUACAAAAUAUUUAAAUUUGAGCUUUUCAGCGUCGGCUUCGGUUGAAAUAAAGAACAAUCUUGAUGGUUUACAGACGGUACGUCGAGAAACUUUGAGUCUUUGUUUUAUCUUUUAGACUGUUGCGUGACUUUAUCGUCAAGUUUAUUCUUUCAUACAAUUGGUUGUAAAUUACCACUAACUUUUUAAAAACAUUUUGAAUCAGGAAUUUGUAAAAUAACAACAAAUUGUCGAACGUCAGAAGUCUCAGAAUCUACGCUCGUUAUAAUAUUUGUUUACAAUAAUUUCCGUAUGUACUUUACUUUAAUUACAACUGCCGACGUGAAUGCCGACGUGAAUGCCGAUGGGUGCCGAAGUAAUUGCCGAAGGAAUUUAAGGUGAUUUCAUUGCGUGCCUCGGCAAAAAAAAUUGCCGAGGCAAACUCGAAAAUUAUCAAAAGGCUUCGGCAAUUAUUUGCCGAGGCAAAAAUAGUUGAAUUUCGAGGGUUGUAAUGCCAUAUAUUAUACAAGAAACAUUCAAACUUCCAUUAUUAAAAGACAUUUUUAUCAUUAACUAACGUAAUUACGUGCGUAAUUUUACUUGUGUUACUUACUAAUUUUAUUUGUGACAGCCGACAUUCCGUGAACAGUAUUUUGCAACGCCAUAUAUUACAAGAAUCAUUUAAUCUUUCAUAAAAUAAGUGAUUUUAAUAGUAACUAACGUAAUUAUUAACUCUCGGACAUUCCCGGGCAUUCAACGGACAACGAAUGUUCCCGGGCAUUCUUUAGUAGGACCGCAAUAUAAUUUAUGUGCACUUAAUACAUUUUAUUUUUGAUUUCGUAUAAUAACGAAAAAUAAUCAAGCCAAUUAUUGGUUGUUCCAAUUUAUGAGACAAUUGAAAAUAAUAUUUCUUGCAAAACGUAGAGUUUCCCAGCCUCGCAAGCCAGGGUGUUUUAGCGCCGUGCGGAAGUAAAAGACCCUGGCUUGCGAGGUUGAGAGUUUCCAUGUUUCUGGCAGCUCUGCAACCUGCGCGAUCAUUAGGGGUGCACCGGAACCAGGGUCUUAGCCAGAGGGCCGUGUUGGCCGUGUUAUCGCGGCCAAAAAUGGAAAAACACGGCUAGAUAAAAUGAAUGCGGUUUCAUUAUUUAUAUAAGGCUGUGUAGGUUCAUAAAAUAACAGACAGAAUUUCUUCCUAUUCACUGUACGUUGUAAGAAAGUUUGUAAAAUGUACGGUUAUUGUUGAAAUUGGCGAAAGUGAUCUGCAUGUGAUGUUUUAAUGUUUUGGUGGAUAAUGGGAACUGUAUGGUGUUACAAUGGUUUUAAAUACCCCCAAGAGUUGCUGAAAAAACUUAAUAUUUUAAUGUCAGUGCGUAAUAUGAGCGUAUGCUCGCCUUGUAUUUGGUUGCAAAGCAUAGAACAACCACAGGUAUGGUCUGUUGUUGGCGACCAUAACUAGAACCGCGAAUUUGGCUAUUUGAGGUAAUUGACAUGUGCACAGCCUGGUCAUUUAGAAACACGCCCAAGUUCUAAAAUCCUAGCUAAGACCCUGACCGGAACUUUGUUCCGGCCCGUUAGUUCCGGUCGGAACCCCGAUUUUUCAGAGUUCCGGUUCUGGCCGGAACUAAUAAAAAAAGAGCAUGGCCGGAAUCGUUUUCAGAGAGAAUAUCAAACGUUUUUGUGUCUGACAAAAGUUCAGUAGUAACAGUAGGAAGAAAUUUGGACUACACAAGGAAAAUGUACACUAUUAAUACUUCAUUAAUUAUGAUGUUUAACUUUUUAUUCUAACAUUUGCGAGCUUUCUCCUUGAUGAUUUCCUUAAUGACUACAUAUGGCUUAAUAAAUCAGUUCCGAGCGGAACUUGUUUCCAGUUCCGGCCGGAUCCGGUUCCAGCCAAAGAGAUUAUAAAUAACACUAGAGGAGGCAUCGAUGUUAAAAAUUGGGAACGCAGCUAAUGGGGGGCAAAUUCAAGUCCCGGAUAUAAAAUUGUGCUCUCAUUGGCUGAUUUGAAACUCGUCACCAAUGGGAACACGAAUACACAUCCGGGACUUGGAUUUGCCCCCCAAUAGUCGCGUUCCCUUUUUUUUUACUGAAUUAAGAUUACAAUGCCUCAUCUAGUGUUAUUUAUAAUCUCUAUGGUUCCAGCCGGAACUUCAAAAGUUGGUUCUGGUGCACCCCUAGAUUUCAACGAGAUAUUGACUCUCUCAUUUUUGUAGUAUUUUGUAACAAAGAACCAGUCAAGUAUCAUCGCAUUUGCUGUUGGUGGUAAAUACACUCCUGGCAAUGGGUUUAGUAUUGUGGGUGCUCAUACUGAUAGUCCAUGCCUCAAGGUUAACAUGUUUUUUUCAUUAUACUGCUAUAAAUUAAUUUGAUUGACCUCUGGGGCCGGUUGUUCUUCAAAAACUAUAACCAUAGGCUUACGGGGCUGAUGCUUUCCGGGGAGUUGAAAGUUUGCCCGAAUUUUUAUGGAGGAUUGUAAUGGAAUAAACUGAAUUUAACCUAUUUUCUGAUAAAUCUACCCAAUUUUCUUAAUUUUUCCUAACAUUUGCCCGAAUUUCCAUGGUUUUCCAAAAUUUUGGGGGGACAGUUGCCUGCCCCCCUGUCUCGUACGCCUAUGACCAUAACCUGGGUUAACGUGAAAUUCAAACCAAACUUCCCAGCAGUUUGUUUAUAAUGUAAGCUUGGAAAUAUUUUUUCAUAAAUCUUGUCAUCUGGAGCCGGUUGUAUAAAACUCUUAAUCACUUUUUUAAUCACUAUUUUGUAGUUAAAUAGUGAUUAACUCUCAAAUACGCGCUUCUUAUUGGACGACGUUUCCACUAACUAUAGUUAACGUUAAUCACUUUUUUAUACAACCGGCCCCAGAAGUUUAAUUAUCUAAAGUUUUGAAAUAAAAGACGUGCAGAAAUACAUAAACCAAAACAAUGUUUUAAAUUUUAACCGAGAGUUAGCGUUAACCGAGCUUUGAACUACCAGCCCCUGAAGGUCAAAAAUCGCAACCGCAAAACCUCGAACUCUAACAGUAGGUGCGAAAAGCAUGAGCGUGACCCUAGCCUCCUCCGCAGGCAUCCCACCUGAGGAAUCGGGCGGUCAGAAAUUUUUUUCAAAACCCAUUCGCAGGCUAAAACCCAUAGAGAGGCCUGUGGAGGAGGCUCGCGUGACCCUUUCAUUAUGCUUCAAUUUGAUUGUGGCAUUUUGCACAAACAUCUGCCAUGCCCCCAACUGAUUCUGUAUACAGGUUCAUGGUGCUUUCACGUUUAAGGCUGCUCUCCAGUUAAGCGUUUUUCAUACGUGCGUGUAUGUACGUAAAAGUUUAAAUCUUUCUAAAUUUUAUACAAGUACUAAUUACCUCAACAAAUGCAUAUUAAAUUACACAGAAAACUAAAUUUUAUCUUUUUAUUCAAUUAGUUAUUUCAUAAGUAAAAUUUAAAAAGAUUUAAACUUUUACCUGCGUACACGCACGUAUGAAAAACGCUUAACUGGAGAGCAGCCUUUAGUAGUUGAGGUUUUGCGCUGUUGAAUUGUAACUUUCAGAAAACAAUUAUGGAUUUGCUGCAUAUACCUGACUAAUUAGGUAGGGCGUUCAGCGUUGAUAACACAGUGUUUAGGGCAUGUGGGAUGUCUGUAUUGCAUUGUUUUCUUGCGUACAAGGGGAAUUUCCAGUUUGGCUAUGCCAAACAGCAUUUGUUUUCUCCGGGUAUUUUGGAGGUAAAAACUAGACCAAUUAAGACCAAUUAGGGUUGUGGCCUUUACUGAACCUGUAGAAAGAGUCGUCUAAAAGAGGCAGUAGUUCAAACUUAAACACUAUUUAGGUAAAGCCCAACUCAAAGGUUGACAAACAUGGCUAUAUGCAAGUGGGAGUUGAAUGUUAUGGUGGGGGUAUUUGGAACACUUGGUUUGAUCGAGAUUUGACUGUAGCUGGAAGAAUUAUGAUAAAGGUAACUUUUGUGGAAGAGAUAAUGUAGUUUUGAAAAUUGUAGGUAACGAGCUGUGAAAAGGUGCUUCUGUUUUCUUUGAACUGUGCUGGACCAUGAAGAUUUUUUUCUGGAACUCCUCCACCAAAAUGAAGUGCAUUAAAUAUCAUUUUGAAAACUCCAGAGUUGCAUGCUCACGGACCGCUUAGCGACUUGUUGCUCCGUGGUCUAAACUGAAAAAUAUAUAUUUGCGAAGAUGAAAUAUAUACUACUAGCCUGCGUGGCAGGCGGUAUUUCUACAGGCAGCGAGAUUAGGGAGGCAAAGGUAUUUUCUUCGCUUCCCUAAAAACUGCCUGCCACAGGCUAGUUUUCUACAAGCAUGGUGAUUAACAACUUUUCUUUUCUGUGAUUCUAGGAAAAUGGCAAUUUAACACAUAAAUUGGUCCAUAUCAAGAAACCAAUACUUCGUGUUCCACAUCUAGCUAUACAUCUACAGAGAGAUAUCAAUGAUAAAUUCUCACCCAAUCUAGAGAAUCACACGUAUGUCGCCCUUUUACUUUGUACUGCAUGUAAUUACUUUGUCAUUUUUAAGUCGAUAAGUUCUAGCAGUGGCGUGCUGGCAGCAGGGAUGCCGGAAGAUCGAUAAUAGCGGGUGCAGAUAUUCAUAUAUUCGUGUUCACAGACUGUAAAAACAAUCGAUUUCAAAAGAAAUUAAUUGGGCAGAACGCGAAUAUAUGAAUAUCUGCACCCGCUAUUAUCGAUCUUCCGGCAUCCCUGGCUGGCAGCUCUUGUUCGUCGGGGGAUGCAAAAUUUGCCUCCCAUCGAUAUAAAUUUCCCAUAAUAUUGUUUCGGGGAUUCGCAAACAGUUUUCGAAAAACGCGCCGUUCUUUUCCUUUACUCAUUUAGAAUUGACAAUUUUGGUUUAAUUUGAUGCAAUUUUUUGCGCCCCCUAAAAUCCUUCGCGGGGGGGGGGGAGGGUUAGCCCACCUCGCCACUGAGUCCACGUCGGACCUAGCCUGCAUGGCAGGCGGUAUUUCUACGGGCAGCGAAAAUUAGGGAAGCAAAGGAAAUACCGUCUGCCGCAAAACUAGGGGUUUUUGAAUUACCCGUCCGCUGGUGAACGGGAAAAACGGAUUGGUUAGUAUUUUAUGUAGUUGUCAAUCAACGGCUAAAUUCGGUUAAAUGUUAAUCAUUAACCAAAUGUUUUGACGUUUUGAAACUCUGCGUUUUGAAAUUAGUUCACGUCAAGUCAGACCAGAAAUGGAAUAACACAAUAAAAGAAGCAAAUUAAAAGAUACAAGCUGAAAAAUAACACUCUAAAUAGUGUUAUUGAUAGAGAUUCGAACAAGAAUAUUUAGCAAAGAAGAUACGUCCGAAGGGGCCGAAGUUAUAUGAUCGGCGCAAGGUAUGGGCUAGUCUAUAUUUUCGUUCAGACAAUUACAUCCGUAUUAAUUUGAUAAUAUACGGUCUCGCUUGACUUUCAAAGGCCAUAAAUCGCAAUAAUGUUGACAUUUUACUAAAACUAUCGAUAGAAAUUAGGAGAUAUUUCUUCACUGAAUCGAACAGUGGGAUUUCCAUAUAGCCUAGGCCUAUCAUGUUCUGAACCAAAGAUACUUGAUAGAUAUUAUAUACGAACCUCCAAAGUAUAAACAAGGGGCCGGUUGAUGCAGUAAUUAUCAAAUAACAGUUAAACUCUUAUAUACCCGUUGAAUAUGUAUAGUUGUAAACAAAUAAAAACUAUCGUUCUAUAAGGUUCAAUACUUUCAGUUUGGUUGUUGGCUGAUGAUGAAUCUAUAGUAUAGACUUGCAUGCUUUGUAUUUUGAGCUCAUUAAACCACCGUUUUAAGGCAGUUAAACGGGCUUGGUUUAUAUUAACACAUAAUAUAAAUUCCUUGAUUCUCAUCACUAGACACAGUCUACACUUUGAAAUGUCGAAGACAGCGGGAGAUUUAUUUUUUAUAUUUUAUAUUUAUAUAAUUUAUAUAUCAAUAGUUCGUAUCUCCACGAAAAAUGACAGAAUGACUGAGUUUCUUUAAAAUACAAUGAAAUUUCACUCAAAAUUCUGUUUGUUUCAAAUUGGAAGUUUAAAAUGGCAAUAAAAACUCUAUAUAAAAUAUGAAAAAAUUAACUGUCUUGAAUUAUUUUGUCGGGCGGUACAUUUAUAUUGUAUAACGAAAUAUAAAACGUUUUCACGAGGAUUUUAAAAUUCAGUCGGGCGGUGAUGAGAAUCAAGGAAUUUAUUUUAUGUUGGGCAGUUGGGACUUGUGCUUGGGAGCAGCUUGGGAGUGGCUAAUUUUGAAUAUUUACAUAAUUAAUGCAUCUAUAAAUAGCGUUGAUGCUUCAGGGGCGGUAGUUCAUUUACACCCAGUUUUGCGGCAGGCGGUAUUUCCUACGUACCGCCUGCCAUGCAGGCUACGUCGGACCCGUUGCAAUACCUCGCCACUGAGUCCAAGUCCCGUUGCAAGUUUACUACUUCAGCUCUAGUGUAAAACAGGCUGAUGUGUCCUUUUGCAGGAUUCCAGUGUUGGCCACUCAGGUUGCUGAACAGUUACAACAUCCAAGUGAAGCAUCGACAAAUCAGAAAAAAAACGAACCUAGCCAAUGCAGAGUACGUUGGAUAUUGAUUACGACAUUGUAA